AUGUCAGGCACUAGUCCUCUUCCUUCAGAUAUAGCAUCUACAUCACCUUCCACUCCUGCAAUGUCAGCCACUAGUCCUCUUCCUUCAGAUAUAGCAUCUACAUCAGCAUCCACUCCUGCAAUGUCAGCCACUAGUCCUCUUCCUUCAGAUAUAGCAUUCACAUCAGCAUCCACUCUUGCAAUGUCAGCCACUAGUACUGUUCCUUCAGAUAUAGUAUCCACAUCAGCAUCCACUCUUGCAAUGUCAGCCACUAGUCCUCUUCCUUCAGAUAUAGCAUCUACAUCACCUUCCACUCCUGCAAUGUCAGACACUAAUCCUCUUCCUUCAGAUAUAGCAUCUACAUCACCUUCCACUCCUGCAAUGUCAGCCACUAGUACUCUUCCUUCAGAUACAGCAUUCACAUCAGCAUCCACUCCUGCAAUGUCAGCCACUAGUCCUCUUCCUUCAGAUAUAGCAUCCACAUCAGCAUCCACUCUUACAAUGUCAGCCACUAGUCCUCUUCCUUCAGAUAUAGCAUCUACAUCACCUUCCACUCCAGCAAUGUCAGCCACUAGUCCUCUUCCUUCAGAUAUAGCAUCUACAUCAGCAUCCACUCCUGUAAUGUCAGCCACUAGUCCUCUUCCUUCAGAUAUAGCAUCCACAUCAGCAUCCACUCCUGCAAUGUCAGCCACUAGUCCUCUUCCUUCAGAUAUAGCAUCUACAUCACCUUCCACUCCUGCAAUAUCAGCCACUAGUCCUCUUCCUUCAGAUAUAGCAUCUACAUCAGCAUCCACUCCUGCAAUGUCAGCCACUAGUCCUCUUCCUUCAGAUAUAGCAUUCACAUCAGCAUCCACUCUUGCAAUGUCAGCCACUAGUACUGUUCCUUCAAAUAUAGCAUCCACAUCAGCAUCCACUCUUGCAAUGUCAGCCACUAGUCCUCUUCCUUCAGAUAUAACAUCUACAUCACCUUCCACUCCUGCAAUGUCAGCCACUAGUCCUCUUCCUUCAGAUAUAGCAUCUACAUCACCUUCCUCUCCUGCAAUGUCAGCCACUAGUACUCUUCCUUCAGAUACAGCAUUCACAUCAGCAUCCACUCCUGCAAUGUCAGCCACUAGUCCUCUUCCUUCAGAUAUAGCAUCCACAUCAGCAUCCACUCUUGCAAUGUCAGCCACUAGUCCUCUUCCUUCAGAUAUAGCAUCUACAUCACCUUCCACUCCUGCAAUGUCAGCCACUAGUCCUCUUCCUUCAGAUAUAGCAUCUACAUCAGCAUCCACUCCUGCAAUGUCAGCCACGAGUCCUCUUCCUUCAGAUAUAGCAUCCACAUCAGCAUCCACUCCUGCAAUGUCAGCCACUAGUCCACUUCCUUCAGAUAUAGCAUCUACAUCACCUUCCACUCCUGCAAUAUCAGCCACUAGUCCUCUUCCUUCAGAUAUAGCAUCUACAUCAGCAUCCACUCCUGCAAUGUCAGCCACUAGUCCUCUUCCUUCAGAUAUAGCAUUCACAUCAGCAUCCACUCUUGCAAUGUCAGCCACUAGUACUGUUCCUUCAAAUAUAGCAUCCACAUCAGCAUCCACUCUUGCAAUGUCAGCCACUAGUCCUCUUCCUUCAGAUAUAGCAUCUACAUCACCUUCCACUCCUGCAAUGUCAGCCACUAGUCCUCUUCCUUCAGAUAUAGCAUCUACAUCAGCAUCCGCUCCUGAAUGUCAGCCACUAGUCCUCUUCCUUCAGAUAUAG